UCCAUUUACACUUCUUUCUCAAUGCAACAACAACAAGAACAAAGCUUUUUGAACUCAGUUUCACAUCUAUAUCAUCAUGAUCUUCAGCAUGGAACAACAACAAAAACAUGUUCUUUUUCUACUAUUACUUUUGAUGUUAACACUUUGCUGUGUUGUUCUCACUGAAACUGACCCUUCAGAUGUAAAGGUUCUAAACCAGUUCAGAAACGGUCUCAAGAACCCUGAGCUCUUACCAUGGCCUGAAAAUGGUGGAGACCCAUGUGGAAACCCUCCAUGGAAGUACAUCUUCUGCAAUGGCAAAAGGGUAUCUCAGAUUCAAGCUAAAAACUUGAACUUGAUUGGUCCUUUGCCUCAAAGCUUCAACCAGCUCACAAUGCUUGAGAAUCUUGGUCUUCAGAACAACAAGCUCAAUGGCCCUUUACCUUCUUUCAUUGGUUUGAAGAUGUUAAAGUUUGCAUUUUUGAACCACAAUGAGUUUGAUUCAAUCCCUUAUGAUUUCUUUGAAGGACUUGAGAGUCUUGAGGUUUUAGCAUUGGAUUACAAUGUUAACCUCAAUGCAAGCAAUGGUGGUUGGAAAUUCCCUUUGACUUUGCAAGGGUCAACACAAUUGACCAAUGUUUCUUGCAUGAGUUGCAGCAUGGUUGGUCCAAUUCCUGAGUUCUUGGGUAGCAUGGUGUCGCUUUCUGUGCUGCAGCUUUCAGGGAAUAACUUAUCUGGCGCGAUUCCGGCGAGUUUUAAAGGAAUUGGGUUGCAGAUUCUGUGGUUGAAUAACCAAGGUGGUGGUGGUCUUGAUGGUACUAUUGAUGUGUUUGCAACAAUGGUUUCUCUCACAAGUUUGUGGCUUCAUGGUAACAAUUUCAAAGGGACUAUUCCUAAGAACAUUGGUGACUUGGCUUCUCUGAAGGAUCUUAAUCUCAAUGGUAACCAACUUGUUGGGGUAAUUCCUGAUUCUUUAGCUAAAUUGCAAUUGGAACAUUUGGAUUUGAACAAUAACCAUUUAAUGGGUCCAACCCCAAAAUUUGUAACACCUAAAGUUACUUUUGAUUCCAAUAAUUUUUGUGAAACAAAACCUGGGGUUUCAUGUUCCUAUGAGGUUAUGGCACUGAUUGAGUUUCUUAGUGGGUUGGAUUACCCUUUAAAUCUUGUUAAUUCAUGGAUUGGUGAUAAUCCUUGUGAAGGUCCAUGGUUAGGAAUAAAGUGCAAUGCAAAUGGGAAAGUUUCUAUGAUUAUUUUGUCAAAGUUUAAUUUCAGUGGAACACUUAGUCCUUCUGUUGCAAAAUUGGAUUCUCUUGUUGAAAUCAGAUUAGGGGGUAACAAAAUCAGUGGUGUGGUUCCUAGUAAUUGGACUAGUUUGAGAUCACUGAAAUUGUUGGAUCUAAGUGGCAACAACAUUUCAGGUCCAUUGCCAAGUUUUGAUAAGAGUUUGAAGAUUGUUACUGAUGGGAAUCCUCUGUUGAUGAAUCAUAGUAACUCCUCACAAGCCCCCUCCUCCUCCUCCUCCUCCUCCUCCUCCUCCUCCUCCUCCUCCUCAUCAUCAUCAUCAUCAUCAUCAUCAUCAUCAUCAUCAUCAUCUGUUAAUAAGCCAAAUCCAUCUUCUGGAAGGGGCGAACUUUCUUCGGUUGAUACUCCAACAGCACCAUCAAAUUCCAACUCUGGCAGUUCUCUUGAAUUGAAGAAUCCCAAAAGAAAGAACUUGGUGUUGAUUGUGACCCCAAUUGUAGGUAUUGUUGCUGCAAUUAUUCUGCUUAUUCCAAUUUAUCUGCAUUGUUUCAAAGGGAGAAAUGAAGCCUCCAAGGGUUCAAGUUCAUUAGUAGUUCACCCUAGAGAUCCAUCUGAUUCAGACAAUGUGGUAAAGGUUGUUGUUGCUAGCAAUGGCAAUGGAAGAAGCAUUUCCACAGUUUCAGCAAGUGGUUCUGGGAACCUAAACACCAGUGGAAAUGCAGUGUCUCAUGUAAUUGAAGCUGGAAAUCUUGUAAUAUCGGUUCAAGUCCUUCGAGGCAUUACCAAGAAUUUUGCGCCUGAGAAUGAGCUCGGCCGGGGUGGAUUCGGGGGUGUUUACAAGGGAGAAUUGGAUGAUGGGACUAAAAUUGCAGUGAAGAGAAUGGAGGCUGGUGUGAUAAGCAGAAAAGCCUUAGAUGAAUUCCAGUCUGAAAUCGCAGUUCUUUCGAAAGUCCGGCACCGGAAUUUGGUGUCUCUUUUGGGCUAUUCAGUAGAAGGGACAGAGAGACUACUAGUCUAUGAGUAUAUGCCACAAGGUGCUCUCAGUAAGCAUCUUUUCCAAUGGAAGAGCUUGCAAUUGGAACCACUUUCGUGGAAGCGAAGGCUUAACAUUGCAUUGGAUGUUGCUAGAGGAAUGGAGUAUCUUCAUACUCUUGCUCACCAAAGCUUCAUUCAUAGAGAUCUUAAGUCAUCAAAUAUUUUGCUUGGUGAUGACUUCAGAGCAAAGGUCUCAGAUUUUGGACUUGUUAAGCUUGCUCCGGAUGGCAAAAAAUCUGUAGUGACUCGGCUUGCUGGAACAUUCGGAUACUUGGCACCAGAAUAUGCAGUGACCGGAAAAAUCACUACAAAAGCAGAUGUUUUCAGUUUUGGUGUUGUUCUGAUGGAGCUACUGACCGGAUUGACAGCACUCGAUGAGGACCGGCCGGAGGAAAGCCAGUACUUGGCAGCAUGGUUCUGGAAUAUAAAAUCAGAUAAGGAGAAACUUAUGAAUGCUAUUGACCCUGCACUCGAAAAACAGGACGAAACCUUUGAGAGCAUUUCCAUCAUUGCUGAGUUAGCUGGCCAUUGCACUGCCAGGGAACCAAACCAGCGGCCGGAUAUGGGGUACGCCGUGAGCAUUCUGGCACCGCUCGUUGAGAAAUGGAAACCGAUUGAUGAUGAAACUGAAGAGUAUUGUGGCAUAGACUAUAGUUUACCCCUUAACCAAAUGGUGAAGGGGUGGCAAGAGAUGGAAGGAAAGGAUUUAAGCCAUGUGGACUUACAAGACAGCAAGAGUAGUAUUCCGGCAAGGCCUACUGGAUUCGCCGAUUCUUUUACGUCCGCGGAUGGCCGGUGAAACAAACGGUAUGUUGGUUUCCUGAAUGCAUAUUGUUUUCCAUUUUCUUGUUCUCAAUGUUGAGUUCAAAUAUUGUGUAUAAUAAGCUUUGGAAAGUUCCAUAUGUAUGCAUUGUAAUUUUUUAAUUUUGAUGGCUUUAAGUGUUGCUUAUUGUAGAUAGUGAUUAGUGAGCUUUGAUCAAUGGUAAUGCUUGUUAAUUAUGUAAAAUGGUUUUGUUUGGGGUUUGGUUUUGUACCAUAAGAACAAAGAAACCUUUCAGUAUGUUGUAAAAUAUA